AUGCUCCCGAAGUGUCUGUACUCCUCCCGCGAACUGUGCACCUCAACUCUCACCUGGUCGAUGUGGCUCCUGGGUACCGCGCGCGCGAACCUCGUCUUCUUUCCUCAACCUGAAGAUUCUCUGAAGAAGCGGCCGUUCUCCGCCACGAUCUUCGCGCUCUUAUCUCCGAUGCAAUCUCAAAAGAAUCUGCGGCUCGCAAAGACGUGGAAGAUGCUCUCCGUAGAGUGGAAUCCCAGAUCAUGCAGACGCUCGAGUUGCCCCCUCCUUGCCGUUCCGAGACCUCCCCCGUCGUCCGCAAUCGCACCGACGGGAAUCGCCGAGAUAGGAGGACACCCGGGACUGAAUGCGAGCCAGACUCAGAUCCAAGGUCCUCCUCGAUACCGUUGUCCCCUGCUCCUGCACCCGUCCAAGGACGUGCUGAGCCACACCGAUCGUCACCACCAUGGUUCAACCCACGCGAUCGCCUCACUCCAAAAGUUCGAUCAUUCCUUGAGCGUGCCCAAAAGCUCGGGUAUGGGUACGCUUGGGUCGACACGUGCUGUAUGCAGUGCCGAGCUCUCGGAAGGCAUCAAUUCCAUGUUCCGCUACUACGCCGUCUCCGCCAUCUGCUACGUCUACCUCAGCGACGUCGACACUGAUUCAGGCAAGAUGUGGGACGCCUUCCGAAGAAGCCGUUGGCAUAGCCGUGGAUGGACUCUCCAGGAGCUCAUCGCGUCCCGCUUUGUCAUGUUCUAUUCCAAGGAGAGUCCGCCCGGCCUCCGCCCCCACUACUCUUACCCCACCCGCCCGCACGAUGAUCCCCGCCACUCGCACGGGGACCACUCUCAGCCUCGACACCCUCGGGCCUCGCUCUACUUCUCAUGGACGCUCCUCGGCGCUCGCGCAGCGCACCCUGGGAUGGCCAUGCAGGGCAGCCAGUCGCUGUCGGGUCAAACACAGACGACCCACAUCUUCAUGACUCCGCAAACCGGCCCGAGCGUCAAGAAGCCCAAGCCGGGCGUUUUGGGAAGCAACGGGAGCAUCAUGGCGAUGGGUCCGGACGGGAGCAUCAUCUCGGAUCCGGCCACCAUCGGAGGCGGUGGAUUUCCCGCGACCAACAACCUGGGCCAACGCCUCUGCCGCCAGUGUGGACCCGCCGGCCGCUACAAGGACGGCAAGUGCGUCGAGAAGUGGGGCUCUAGUCCUGAGGGCCCCGGCACCGUCUGCGAUCGAUGCCGCAAGAAAAUGAAGCGCGUUGAACGUCGCGGGACGUUGGACUCGAUGAGUCUGGACGCCCACCUUCACAACCAGCCUGUGGCGAUCCACCCCUUGGGCAUUCCGCAAGCAGCCCCAGGCUUGUACACCAACGGGUGCAGCUUGCACUCGGGCUCAGACCGCUCCGUCCACCGGACCGACACCCUCCCCACCUACCCUUCUCACUCGUCGUGCGCCCCUGGCCUGAACGGGCUCUCCUCGAGCGGCGUCUACUCCCGGCAAGAUCGCGACCAGGACUACGAGCGCGAGAACGGCGCAUCGCCGUACCACCGCUCAUCUCACCGCAGCCAUACCCCACUCAGCAUUGCCAUGCUCCCUCAGGACGACGACUACGACCGCUGGCGCCACCCGUCCUCUGCCCACAAGCCGAACGGGUCGAUGAACGGCCACGCGCGAAGCUCGUCCAGCCUGUCUGUGAACCGCUCCCUGCGCCCCAAGCCCACGGCCGCGACGAAGAACACAGGUAGCAGCUCGUCUCGCGGCUGA